UGGAUAUAUCCUAACGGCCACACAUGGCCUCCUUUACUUUCACCACUAUGCAACAACAGCCAACACACUACUACUUCCUUUCCAUCACUCUCUGUAAGUACCCUUCAUCAGCAUCUUCCACUCAUUUUCUUUACCCUUCACCUCCAAAACACCAAAUCCCCCAACAUUUUAUACAUAGAACAAGACAUGCUAGUGUUAGACACCAUUUCAAUGCAAAGCUAUCCACAAAACACUACGAAAAAAAGGCUAGGAAAGAAACUGGUUCUGGGUUUAGUUCUUCUUCAAGGUCUAGCAAUGGUGGAACUGAAAGGAACAAGUUAGAGAGCCUUUUUAGUUCUGUUUUGGAAGAGAAAGCUGAAAAGAAAAGGUAUGUAAAGGAUAAGAAAAAAAUGGGUUUUGAUAGUUCUUCAUUAAAAUCAUCUAAAACCAUGGAAAAUAACUCUGUGGUGGGGAAAAAACCAAAGAAAGAUAAGGCUAAUUCACCUGUAGUACACUUAAGGGUUCAAUUGGAUAUGUGUUCAAAAAGAGGGGAUGUAAUGGGGGCUAUUCAGCUAUAUGAUAAAGCUAUAAAAGAAGGGAUCACAAUGGGGCAAUAUCAUUAUGCUGUGCUUUUGUAUCUUUGUUCUUCUGCAGCUAUGGGUAUUGUUCAACCUGCUAAAAGUGGUAGUGGUAAUAGACCUGUUUUAAACAAUGGUAAAUUGGUUGAUUUUGAUAAUAGUUUAGCAAAUGGGUCUACAAAGCCUUAUUAUUUAGAAGAUGAUGAGAUUUGGGUAAGUGAAGAUGUUAAGAAACAUGCGCUGGUUAAGGGAUUUGAGAUAUACGAGACGAUGUGUUCAAGCAAUGUACAGAUGAACGAAGCGACAUUAACAUCUGUAGCAAGAAUGGCAAUGUCAAUGGGAGAUGGUGAUAUGGCAUUUGAUAUGGUAAAACAAAUGAAACCACUAGGUAUAAACCCUAGAUUACGAUCUUAUGGUCCUGCUUUAUCUGUUUUCUGUACUACCGGAGACAUUAAUAAAGCGUUUGAAGUCGAGAAACAUAUGUUGGAACAUGGUGUUCAACCCGAAGAGCCUGAAUUAGAAGCACUUUUAAGAGUUAGUGUAGGGGCUGGAAAAGGUGAUAAAGUGUAUUAUUUAUUGCAUAAAUUAAGAACAAGUGUGAGGAAAGUAUCACCUUCUACUGCUGAUAUAAUUGUUAGAUGGUUCGAGAGUAAAGCAGCCUCGAGAGUGGGGAAACGACGAAUAGACCAAAAGUUAAUGAAGGAAGCAAUCGAAAAUGGUGGUGGAGGUUGGCACGGACAAGGUUGGUUAGGUAAAGGAAAAUGGAGUAUAUCAUAUACAGUUGUUGGUGAUGAUGCUUUAUGUAAAUGUUGUGGUGAUAAGUUGGCUUUAAUCGAUCUCGAUCCUAUAGAAACCGAGAAGUUUGCCGAAUCAGUUGCUUCGAUAGCUAUAAAACGAGAGAAGAACUUCAGUUUUCAAAAGUUUCAAAAAUGGCUUGACUACUAUGGACCGUUUGAAGCUGUGGUUGAUGCGGCUAAUGUCGGUCUUUUCAGCCAGAAAAGAUUCAUGCCAUCAAAGGUCAAUGCUGUUGUUAAUGCAAUACGACAGAAACUUCCAUCAAGGAGAUGGCCACUUAUUGUUUUGCAUAACAAACGGAUCACUGGACGGAAGAUGGAUGAACCAGUAAAUAAAGCAUUAAUUGAGAAGUGGAAAAAUGCCGAUGCUCUAUAUUCAACACCAACCGGUUCCAAUGAUGAUUGGUACUGGUUGUAUGCAGCUAUCAAGUUUAAGUGUUUAAUCGUGACUAACGAUGAGAUGAGAGACCAUACCUUUCAACUUUUGGGAAAUGAAUUCUUUCCGAAAUGGAAAGAAAGGCAUCAAGUGCAUUUCAGUUUCUCAAACACCAGUCCAGUAUUUUACAUGCCUCCUCCAUGUUCGGUAGUAAUUCAGGAAUCAGAGAAAGGCCACUGGCAUAUUCCCAUUGCAUCGGAACUAGAUUAUGAUUCUGAAAGAACAUGGUUAUGCAUUAGACGAGCUAACUCACAUGCGGUGAAGGAAGAUUCCGUAGCCAUAACGGAAGAUUCGCAGUCUCUUAACCGUAACAAGGAACAUACCAGGUCAACUACUCAAACCGAAGUUAACUCGAAUUUCCUGCCAUUAAACAAUGGAAACUAUGAUAAACCACAAAAGCUAGCUGAGGAAAUGUACAAAAACAUCACCAGUAUUUCGUUUGCUUCUGUCUCCUCCGAUCAACACAAAGUUCUAUCAGAAAUAGAAACUGCAGAGAUGCUUGGCAACUGUGUAAUCGACUUUCAAAUAUGAAACAAGUGGCUUUCAUGUAAAGUUUUGGAAAUUGUAUUGAACUACCAGUAGGAAUCUGUUUUUAGUUGUAUAGUUUUGAAGUGCCUGAGCCGAAUUUAUAUUGAACUAUGGUGUAUUUUAGCAGGGUUUUUGCCCAUCGGAAGCCGUUUCUUUCUGGAGAGAAAGUAUCCAAUUUUGCCAAAGUGCAAUCCGAAUAUGCCAAGACAUUACCAGCGUUAUAUAUAUAGCAUUUCAAUUCUCCUA